AAGGCGGAGCUUUCUCUGGUAAGCGAGUAGUCAGGUAAAGGUGUCUGUUGCAGGAUGCGCAUUCCGCUGUAUUACGUCGUGCAAAGAAUUUCAUUUAAACUUAAAAUGGAGAAUCGCCAGUACUGGACUAUGGAAGAUACCAAGGCUCUUCUUUGCAUUUGGGCUGAGGAUAACGUACAACGGCAGUUUGACGGCGUCUGUAGGAAUGAAGAUAUAAUGAAAUACAUCGUUGCCGAACUUGCAAAGUUAGGUAUCCAGCGCACUACGAUGCAAGUUCGAGAGAAACUAAAAAAACUACGGGCACAGUAUAAAGUCGUAAAAACACACAAUGGACAAAGCGGUGCCCAGAGAAGGUCCUUUCCAUGGUUUGAUAUAAUGGACGGUGUGCUGGGUCACCGUCCCUGCGUUAGUGGAGAGACCACUCGGGAUACCAUGGCAGCUACUGUAGUCGAAUUGGAAUGUCAGAGUGAUUUCUUGGAGUCUGAAGUCGAACAGGGACCAUCUACACCGCCGCUGCUAACAUCUACACCUGAGAGACACGAUGGUCCCCAAGAGAUUUCAGUAAUCAGAGGGGGGUCACAUCGCAUUCCACAAAGGACCAGAACAGAAAGUUGCAAACGCAAAGCUACAAAUAUAGCAUCGAGGGAAUUUUUGCAGUGUAUGCGUGACAUUACACAGCAACAGCUGGAAGAAGAGCGGGCGCUGAGAAGGGAGGAAAUGAACAGAGACAUGAUGAUGAGAAGAGAGGAGCUGGAGUAUGAGGCACAACUCAGACGAGAAGAGAUGUCUCAGAGAGAGAAGGAAGCUGAUUCUUUUGCUUCUGUUUUUAAACAUUUGGCAGCAGCUCUACAAAAAAAGUAGAUGAACACUGCACUUGUUUUUGUGUUGUCCAAGCCAAACUUUUUCAUAUUACUUGUUUUUAAAUUAUUUGUAAUUUUUUUAUAUACAUUGCACAAACACCUGUUUGUUGUGUUUGCACAUUUUCAUAGCACCUUUGUAUUUGUUCGCUGAUACAAAUUCCAUAUAUAAAUAAAGUUAUACGUUUGCUGUUUUCCCAGAGACUAUUUGAAGUUAUUGCAUAAGGGGCACAUUGUCCAAAAUAUAAACAUUGUUGAAUGUAGUAAUUCAUUUGUUUUAGUACAUUCACAAUGCAUUUAUUCAUGUCAGAACAUAAAGCUUUUUAUUUAAAUGACAAGCAAAUGUCAAAAUGAUGUGUAAAUUUGAGUGCAUAAAAAUCUAAAAGACAUUGAGUUUGAAAUGUUCUAACCGUUAAUCACCUGCUGCACAAAAAAGGUGCUAUUCGAAUAGAAUCACACUAUCAGUCAGAUUUUAUUGUGGACAAUUAUGUAGUUUUGAUGGGCACAUUACUUCAAUGGCUCUUUGAUUGGCAGCUUUUGUUUCUGUGUAAAUCAGGUUCU